GUUUCGAGGGGCUGAGCAGCCCUACGACUGAUGAGACACCGACGCAGCGAGUCAAAAAAUCAAAGCAAAAGCCUGCGUCAUUUGCUUCUGCUAACGACCGUUCGGCAACGUCCGGCAGCGCAAAGGCAAACGUCAACAAGGGGACCGACGCUGUCCGCGCUCCUCGUCCUGGCGAGAUGAAUAGUCAAAAAAACAGCAGCAAUACUUUCGGAGUGGGAGCCUAUUUCGAAAGCAUGUUUCCAUUUACUUCGAGUGUCGUUUCAUCAGUUCUCAGAGGAGAGAACGAGAAGUUACCUGUAUAUGUAUUCCCGCAAGAACGUGUCCAGGAGAUAAGCAUAGAGCAGAGAGCAAUGCGGCUCGAGAUGGCAGAGGAGGGCCGAGAACCAGGACACAGUGCGUCAUCUCUCCUUCUGGAAAAUAUGCCAACUUCAGAAGAUCUCUUCGCCUUUGCUGCUUCGACUGCUAAUGCAGCGCUCGAUGCCACACAUUACGUGGGGGCAGGCGUCGAAGCGGUCACGGAUGACGCACAGACCAGCGGCUUCUCAGUGCUGCUCGACGUUGGCGAAUCGAUCGGCAGCUGGCUGGUUUCAAACCCUG